GGCGGACGACGGCGGUGGAGUAGCAGCCCUUCGCGGGCCAUGUCUUCUCCGGCGGUGGCGAGGGGCUCCCCAGGAGGGAGCCAGGAGAUGGUCCCCAGGCCACGGAAUCGCGACCGGUUCUGGGAAGUGGGCGGCGGCAGCGGCGACCGGCUGGAGCGCGCGGUCGCGGAGUCGGAGCGCUGGGAGCUGCUGCUCCGCCGCGGGGAGCUACUGGCGCUGGGCGGCCACCUGAAAGGAGCGCUGGAGGCGUAUUCUGCGGCGCUGCGCCGGGGGGCCCCGGCCAGGCCCGAGCGCCUUGGCACCUUGGUGGACUGCUUGGUGCUCAACUACCGGCUCCGCCACGGGAUGGGCUGGAGCGCGGCCCCGGCUGCGGGCGCAGACGCCGGCGCCGGCGGGCUCCUGAGCUGCCUGGGCUGCCGGGGCUUCCUGAGCGAGCCGGUGACCGUGCCCUGUGGUCACAGCUACUGCCGUCGCUGCCUGCGGAGAGAGCUCCGCGCCCACUGCUGCCUCUGCCGGGACCGCCUGCCGUCUGCCGCUGCUAUCACUGAUGCUGAAGGGACCACGCCGCGGCCGCCGCCCCUGGCCGCCGCCAUCAUCGCCUCUGGCUUCAGAACCAGUGUCGUCCUUAACCACCUGGCCGAAAAGUGGUUCCCGGGCCUGCGAGAGAGGGCCCGGGCGGCCGGUCGGCUCGGGGAGCUGCUGCACCAAGGGCGCUACCGAGAGGCCCUGGCCGCCGCCUGCGAGGCGCUGCGAGCAGAACCCAGCGACUUGACUCUAAAAAUUUACAGAGCUGAAUCAUAUGCUGGUCUCCAAGAGUUUAAAGCAGCCAUAGAAGAUUUAAAUGCAGUUCUCUGUCAACUUCCAAAUUGGCCUGAGGUCUACUUCAGGAAAGGAAAAGUACUCCAUGAUGCAGGUUUCUUAGGUGAUGCCUUACAACUAUUUCUUCAGUGCUUAGCCCUUGAUGAAGAUUUUGCACCUGCAAAACUGGAAGUAGAAAAGAUUUUGUGUGAUUUAUUAUCUCCUGAAAACUUAAAAGAAGGCCUGAAGGAAUCUUCUUGGAGUUCAUUACCAUCUGCAAAAAAUAAAACUUUUGGAUUUCCUUCAGUAAUGGAAGAAACUUACUCUCCUAGUGAUCUUAGCCCAGAGCAGAAUGAAGCAAUUCCAGAGGUCACUUCAGAACCUGUCAAAGGAAGCUUAAACCGGGCUCAGUCAGCACAAGCUAUCAAUUCAGCAGAAAUGCCUGCCAGAGAAGAUUGUUUAAAAAGAGUUUCCUCAGAGCCUUUACUCUCAGUUCAAGAAAAAGGUGCUCUGCUGAAAAGAAAGCUGUCUCGUUUAGAACAGGAUGUGGUAGUAAAUGAAGAUGGAAGAAAUAAGCUUAAAAAGCAAGGAGAAACUCCCAGUGAUGUCUGUACAUUAUCUUUAGUUUGUGGUGACAUCCCAGAAGAAUUAAUAGAUGUCUCAGAUUUUGAGUGUUCCCUCUGCAUGAGGUUGUUUUUUGAGCCAGUGACAACCCCUUGUGGACAUUCAUUCUGUAAGAAUUGUCUUGAACGUUGUUUAGAUCACACACCAUAUUGCCCACUUUGCAAAGAAAGCUUAAAAGAGUAUCUAGCAGAUAGGAGGUACUGUGUCACACAGCUGUUGGAAGAAUUAAUAGUGAAGUAUCUGCCUAAUGAGCUGUCUGAGAGAAAAAAAAUAUAUGAUGAAGAAACUGCUGAACUCUCACACUUGACCAAGAAUGUUCCAAUAUUUGUUUGCACUAUGGCCUACCCCACUGUGCCUUGCCCUCUUCAUGUAUUUGAGCCAAGAUACAGACUGAUGAUUCGAAGAAGUAUGCAGACUGGAACAAAACAGUUUGGGAUGUGUGUCAGUGACACACAAAAUAGUUUUGCAGAUUAUGGUUGUAUGUUACAAAUUAGAAAUGUGCAUUUCUUACCUGAUGGAAGAUCUGUGGUUGAUACAGUUGGAGGAAAGCGGUUUAGAGUGUUAAAAAGAGGAAUGAAGGAUGGAUAUUGCACUGCAGAUAUUGAAUAUCUCGAAGAUAUUAAGGUGAACAAUGAAGAUGACAUAAACAAUCUCCGAGAGCUUCAUAACUUGGUAUACUCUCAAGCCUGCAGCUGGUUCCAGAAUUUAAGAGAUAGAUUUCGAAGUCAAAUACUUCAGCACUUUGGAUCAAUGCCUGAAAGAAGGGAGGAAGACCUUCAGGCAACCCCUAAUGGACCUGCAUGGUGUUGGUGGCUUCUAGCAGUUCUUCCUGUAGACCCACGAUAUCAGCUGUCAGUUUUGUCAAUGAAGUCUUUGAAAGAACGCUUAACAAAGAUACAGCAUAUACUGACCUAUUUUUCUAGAGACCAGUCUAAGUAACUAACUGCUUGGAUCAAUUUUCCUUUAAACAGUUAACCCUAAUCUGGCUGGGUCGACAGUCAGAUUGUUCGCUGCCUUUGCACAUCUAGUGCUGGUUUGAGAAAUGUAAUGAAACUGUUGUUUUUGUUUUGUUUUGUUUUCUUCAACCUCCUGAAUCAUGUGGUUCUUCAAAUGAAUACCUUCAACUAGGAUUUAGACCACUAAGAACUUGCACAGAAAAACACGCACUGAAUGUGUGUUAAACCUCUACAUUGUGAUGAAGUUGCACUAUGUACCAUAUUCUGAAGCGAGAACUCUGUGUGUAUGUGUGGGUUGUGUGUGUGUGAGUGAGUGUGUGUGCAUGGGUGGUAUGUAUGCAUUUUCUCUGGCUUUAAAAUUUUAAAAGGAAAAAAAAAAAAAAAAAGCCAUAGAGAGCAGAACUUGCUGAGGGUCAUAUAUUGCCCAAGUUUACAACAGUAGCGAUACAAGUUUUUGCAAAUUGAAUUUGCCUCAGAUUUAUCUGUCCUAAUGCUGAUAUUUGCACAAGUCUGUAAACUAUGGUAUUGAGUAUCACUAUUUGUUGGAAAUACUGCUCUUGCUGAACUCUCUCGACCAUUGACUAUGACACAGUUUCUUAUUUAUGUAAAUACAUACAUCACGGUGCCUGACAGGCAUUGGAUGUAGAACCUAGAGCCAGUUUUCAGGAACAAUUACACACCUGACAUGGUACUGUGCAUCGAUUCAUAAAACACUCAAAACUGUGAAAAUAUGGUUUACAUUUAAUUGUACAUAAAGGCUAAUGGAGAACUCAAUUCAGUACUGGUUUGUUUGUACAUUUUAGGGGGCUUUCACAUUUACUGCCCAUCUAUGUAAUUUAUAAUUUGACAUGAUGUGCUUUUUGUUUUUUUAAAUUACAUAGUAUAAGCCCAUUGAGGACCUAGGGGAAGAAAAGAAGCUUAAUGUAGAGCUAAGCUUUUAAGAUUUGUUUUGUUGUGUUUUAAAUUCUGGCCUUGGUGCAAAUGUUAGUUAUGCCUUAUAUCAAAUUUAGAUCACCAUGCGAUGGCAUGGUUUAUAUUCAUGCUGCCCUAGAGACUUUUGUAAUUAUAUGUUGCAAACUUGUGACUGUCUCUAUCAGCUUUCUUUUAUGUAAGUCAUUUGUAAAAGUUUCUUACAGAUUUUGCUUUUGCUUAUUUAAUUUUGAAUAAAAGCUAAAUUCAUA